UCAACAAGCGCACCUCGCGCGCACUCUCUUCCCAUCGGAUCGCAUCUCGCAUCUCUCAUCUCCUCGCCCUCUUCGACUCACUCGCGGCGCUCCGACCUCGCUCGCUUCCGGCAGGGCCUUGUUCGCUCCAAUUUUCGUCCACCUCGCACUUCCGUUUAUCAUCCUAUCUGAUCUCCGACCAUCGCGAGUCCAGCACAUAAGCACCAGCUCGCUGCGCUCCCCAGCCCGUCGUCCAGCACCUUUAUUGUCCUCCCCUCAUCUCCGUCCUUUACCCACUCGCCGCUGCGCUUGGCUCGAAGCUACCAGUGGUGUCGGUCCUGGCGGGCAGUCACCAUAACCAAACAAAGCCAACGCCAUGCCGUCCUCCAAGUCGUCCGUCGACAAGCGCGACGUCUAUUACCGCAAGGGCAAGAGCGAUGGAUAUCGCGCUCGCUCCGCCUAUAAGCUCCUGCAUCUCGAUGAGGAGUUCGAUCUCUUCCGCGGCGUCAGCACCGCUGUCGACCUGUGUGCUGCCCCAGGCUCGUGGUCGCAGGUCCUUGGAAAGCGUCUACGACCCGGGACGGCGCCUGGUGAGAACCGCGUCGUGAGCGUCGACCUCCAGCCCAUGGCGCCGUUGGCUGGUAUCACGACGCUUCAGGCCGACAUCACCGUGCCGAGUACUGUGCCACUCGUGCUCGAACCCCUCGGAGGACGUAAAGCCGACCUCGUCAUCUGCGACGGCGCGCCAGACGUCACAGGUGUACACGACCUCGACGCGUAUCUCCACUCACAGCUCAUCUUGGCAGCCCUCACCCUCGCACUCACCCUCAUGGCCCCCCACGCCACACUCAUAUUCAAGAUCUUCCUCUCCCCACUGGAUCCCAAGGCGUCGGUGCUUCGCUCGCAGCUCCGCGCGUUCUUCCCCGGCCCUGAGGCUGGCGAAGGCGGCCCCGACGAUGAAUGGGCGGAAUUCGACGACGUAGAAUUGGAGGCAAUCGAGACGGAGAAUGUGCCUUCCGCCGGAUCCUCGUCUUCGCCAGCUUCCGGCUUCGACGCGUUUGGACGGCGCGGUGGUGUGUGGGUGCGCAAGCCCAGGAGCAGUCGCAAGGGGAGCGGAGAGGCCUUCAUUGUCUGCCGCAACUUUGACCCCAGCUCGCUCCCAUUGCCUUCAACUUUCACUCCACAGGCACUCGAAGAGCUUCGCCAGGUUCUCUGUGGAACCCUCACACUGGAGUCGCUAGCCUCUCUCGGCUCGGGCGCAGCCAACUCGACUGCGGACGCGGCCUGGGCCAGCACGAAGGCGUUCGUCGGCGGAGGCGACCUCAACGCUGGCAUCUGCGAGCCAGCGCCCCGCCGCUCGCUUAGCAACUUGGUCGAAACUCACCGACGUGAUGCGUCUCUGGGUAGCAUCGGUAGCCUGGAAGACGCCCCGUCGCCCAUAUCGACUUACACCAACCUCCCCCGUGAUCUCUCGCCGCCAUCACCCACCCCCUCGCGCUCACCUCCCAAGGACCACUACCUGACACGCAUACGCACGGGCUUGGACCUGUCCAUGAACGUUCCACUACCCUUACCCUCGCCUCUCCCUGGCUUCGACGGCUCCACUCGCGAAUUCCGCGAUCUCUCUGACUCGCCACUCCCGCGCGGCGGCGGAGGCUUUGCGUCGGCUGGUCUUGGUUUGGGGACCCCUCAUUUUGCAUCGCCCGUGCCGCCGAGCCCCUCAGCUAGAGACCGUGAUGGCUUGGCGGGCACCCCGUACAAUGAUGGAGCAGUGAGCCCAGCCCUCUCAUCUGGAUCCAAGACCGAUGCGUUCUUUGGCACGUCCAUGAGAGAAUCUCUCCCCGUACCUCCACGCCCGUUGCCUGAUAGCCCCAGUGGGCUCCCGAGCGCUACUUCGGGAUGGGUGAGUGGUCUAGGCCGUGUGCCCUCCAUCGGGCGCGGAUUGCCGUCUUCGCGCAGCCGCGUGGUGACCGGUCCUCCCAGCUCGAGCACCGAGAUUCUCGCUACCUCACCGACGUCUCCCACACUUAUAGCCCCAACUCCUCUUCGCUCUGUGACUGGACCUGCGCCCCCCGUUCUCUCACAGUCGCCCUCUCCGACUCCCGAGAUGUCGUCACAUCUCUCACCGCGUGCCGCCUCGCGUGAACGGCCAGCAGUUCCCAGGGUCCGCCGUCAGUCCAACAUAGUGCGCGAGGCGCACCACUUCGAGCCCGGCUGCCGCCCAGUCCAGGUUGGCGACAUUCUCAUCCCCGUCGCGGACGACGACACGUUCCCCAUAAAGAGCUCCAAGGAUCCAGGAACCUGGCUCAUUGUCCAGUCGCUUGGCUUCGGCGCCUUCGCCUCUGUCUGGUCUGCCAAACCGGUGACGCGCAGCGCGGCCAAGCUUGUGCAGGCGGGCGUCUCGCCCGUCUCCACACCCGACCCCGUGGGUGUCUGCGCAGUUAAGAUGGUCGAUCGCAAGGCAUGCGUGCGCAGUUCACGGAAUGCCAGCGCCUUUUACCGUGAGGUCGAAGUGCUACGUCACCUCGUUCACCAGGGCGUCGUAGGCUAUGUCGCGCACUUCUCGACGGUGUCGCACCACUGCCUGGUGCUUGAGAGACUGCAGGGCGGCGAGCUCUUCUCCCUUGUCGAAGUGGACGCGAACCGCGCUCGCAUGCUGCGCCCAGGGCCUGGUGACCCCGAGGGACAUGGCCUCAUUCGCCGCAUCUUUGGCGAGCUCUGCCGUGCCGUCUCGUGGCUGCACGAGGUUGAGGUCGUUCACCGUGACAUCAAGCUUGAGAACAUUCUUUUCACGGUCAACCCAUUCUUGCUUCCGCCGACAUCAACAGGCUCCGUUCCGCUCGAAGACCUUCCAGUUCCGCUGGUCAAGCUGACCGACUUUGGGCUUGCGCGCUUCAUUCGCUCCAGCUCACCGCUCCUCCAAACCCGCUGCGGAAGCGAGGCUUACGCUGCUCCUGAGGUGGUGAUGGGCAAUGUCUACGACGGGCGCAAGACGGACGCAUGGGCGCUCGGCGUCGUUCUGUAUGCGCUGGUAGCGGGAGAGUUGCCCUUUGAAGACGGUGCGCCUCCCGCGUACGGCCGCGGCCGCGCAUCCAGCACGACGAGUACGGCAUCCGUUGGUGAGCGUGACGAGCGCGAGGCUCGCCGCCGCACGAUGCACCGCAUCGCGAAGGGCGAGUACGGCUGGCGCGACGGCGUCGGCACGCCCGCAGUACGUGCGGUCGUCGCGCGCCUGUUGAAGCGCGAUCCGGCGCGUCGCCCGCGUGUCGCCCAGCUGUGGGAGGAGGCAUGGAUGAACACCGAGCCAGGUAAUGUCCCGCCUCCGACAGAGGCUCUCCGCCCCCGCAGAGGACGCAGCAUGAACGGCGACAUUGAGGUCGUCGAGAACGGGCACGACGACUACUUCCCCGAGAUCCCUAGACGUGCGAGCGACGCCCCCCAUGUCGUUGUCGCACAUGGCGUCCUCGUCGACCACGAGUGUAUCGCCGAGGUCGCCCAUGCCGAGACGCCGCUGUAGACGGUGCCACCGACCAGCGGUAGGAGCAGUUCGUAGGUUCUUUGUAGCGCAUAAAGUGGAUAUGCAUACAGUGUAGUGUA